AUGGAAGAACCUCAGCAGCAGGUGCCCGGUGCAUUGGAAGACCUGAUGCGGUAUGAUCAAUGCGAAUGGCAAGUAUGGGGAGAGGAAGAAGAAGAAGAAGAAGAACAUGUAGAAGAGUACGAAUUUGAAUACGAAGAUGAGGAUGCAGAGGUGGCUAAGGAUAUCGAGGACACGUCCCCGCAGGAUAGUGUUUCCGAUUUUGGUACCGACCAAGGUUCGAAGAAAAGUCAACAGACGAGCUCGGUCGAGACGAUUAUCACCCAGGAAGAUGAAAUUCAGAAUGCGAGUUUACACUCCAAUUCCUCCUCGAGAUCAUCCUCCAGUCUGAUGAGCAGCGGCAUAAGCGACUCUGAAAUCAAGCUACUGAGACUUUUCAACGUCUUUCCAAUUCCCGAUGAUCCUGGUAACGUUCAAGCAUUUUGGAUCCUCUAUGAUCCCGUUCCGACCUACACGAAUGACGGUAUUCAAAGGUUCGCCGACAUGAUGAAGUCAUUGAAUCUGAGACCCAUCGCGUGUAUGUAUGAUCUACUUAGGUCUGAGGUAGUGAAUCUCCGAUAUUACGGACUGGAUCCGAGAGCUGUAAAAGCCAUCUGCCAGUCAGUGUACAAUAACACAUCCGUUCAAUCUUUACACCUGAAGGACAAUUGGUUGACGCGAGAAGCUUGCGGUCACUUGAACAACCUGUUACUCGAAACGGAGAUACUAACUCACGUGAACUUGAGUGGCUGUAGAAUUGGAUGCGAAGGCAUAAAGUGCAUGUUACCGGGCCUAACGGAGAACUGGUCACUCUUGGAACUGGACUUAAGUAACUGCCAAUUGAAAGAUGAGGGUUUCAAUUUGUUGGCACCAGUCAUUGAGAUCAACCAGCUUCUGCAUACGCUGAAUCUGUCGGACAACCAGCUGGGAACGGAAUGCGCACAAACAUUGCAAGCAAUGCUGGCUCACAAUACUCAUCUUUUGCACUUGGAUCUCUCGUGGAAUGGUCUCUUCACAAAGGAAGUGUCAAACGGACUCUUCAAAGGACUUGUCGAGAACCAGACGCUCCUUUCUCUUAAUCUAUCCUGGAAUGCGCUCGGCAAAGAAGCCGUGGCAUCUCUGGGUAUCUUUUUGCAACAGAAUCAGACUUUGGUAUCUUUGGAUAUGAGUGGAAAUCGAUUUGACGAGCAGGCCGGAGUUACGGUUGCAAAAUCACUGGCGAAAAAUGUUGGCCUUCAAGAGGUUUACUUAGGGGAUAAUCCCCUGAAAUCAGCCGGAGGAUUAGCUCUCAUUCACGCUCUAAUUCCGGAGCAAUCUCCAAAGACUCAGCUACGCCACGUUGACUUGGAGAACAUCUGGGUCAACAAAACCGUUUUGCCAGACUUGGAGAACAUUCGAACCAAUCGGUCCUGGCUUCGGAUAAAAUUGGGUGGAAUAUUUAGUAAUCACAAGCUUGUCGGGCCCGACGAGAAGAAAAUCUUCUUCAAACGUGCAAUAUUCGAGGGAAUGAAACCGAAGAAGAAGAAACAGCGGAAGGAUUUUGGACACUUUAUUUUAUCGCUGGAAGACAAACUUAACAGCAGAGACAAUUUCAAAGAAUUGGUCAAAGCCUUUAAAAUAAAAUUAUCCGAAACCCUAAUCCAUGCGCUCAUGACUGCGUUUCCUGGAACAAACAGAAAAGUAGAUCAGGCAGCGAUGAAGGCCCUUUACCUUCAGCAGUAUCCCGAUACAACCGCGCCUCCACCCUCGGUGCCUAAAAAAAAGAAGGGGAAGCAGGCAAAGCUAGAUAGAAAAAAACGGGAAGAACAAGUCGACGACGUACCUCAGGAGAGUAAAAGUACAUCUAAAAAGGCUAAGGUAAAGUCGGCAAAGACGGUGAAAUUACUCGUCUCGAAUUCUGGCACGGAAGGAGAGACCGAUGAGUUUGAAGAUGAAGAAGAAUACGGAGACAGAUAG